GGUGGUCGACGGAGCACGGCCGGUUGGCGGCGCCAGUCGUGUUCGGAGCGCUGCGGGGCUGCCGUGUUUCUCCACGUAGAGCCCUCGCUCGCGAUCCCAAUAACUUUGUGCACUGGAAACUUUUCAAAGCAAUUUCGGGCGGAUUCGGUUGUUUAACGUCAUCCACGCUUCGAAUUUCAAGCUACAUCGAAUUGUACACAGUGUGAACGCCUGUGCGUACGCUGUCGCGCGUUUAUUCUACUCACUCGGUCUAUUUUUGAAUAUUCUCUAAACGCUUCACCGCGAAGUUUUCGAAACGCAGCCCGUCGGAGUCGGGUUAACGGCCGCAGUGUAUGCACGUCUGCAUCACGUCUCUUGUGUUUUUGUUGACGGAUAAUAUUUUGUGCAGUUAACUUCCAACGAUCAAUCCAAGGAACGUUAUCUUUACAUUUGUACGGGCGCAUGUAGUCUUUCACUGGGCCGGUGAUGGCUACGGAUGACAUUGGUUUAGUGAUUUGGCUCUGUGAAUCGUGUUAGUGAGUGCUUGAGUGUGCAGUAGACUGCAAAGUUCAGUCUUGUUAUUGUUGUCAGUGAUGUGACAGUCUAUGGAAGUGUCAGGGUAUCGGAAUGUUCACGAAGCACGGCAAGGCCGCUGAGCGGUGCUACCCUCAUUCGCAUAGAGGUAGAAAGAAGAAAAAACCUGCCCCUCACACGCCGUGGAAGUACUUGAUGAAUUGCCCACUCGUUAGAAAAUGUUUUGGUCUACAGUUGCGGAGCAUAGAGGAGCCGGCAGGUGGCGCGGGCGGCGGCAUGCCCGCGACCACCUGCUACGAUGCUGAAUGUGCGCGCACAGAAGCCUGGCUCGAUGAGAAUCAGGAAUUUGUACACGAUUAUUUUUUAAGGAAAGCGACGAGGCAAGUGGUAGAUGCGUGGUUGGUGUCACACGCGACGCCUCCCAGCGCAGAACUCGCUUCACCGUCCCGAGCUGGCUCCGGAUCUGGCGCCACCACACCUGUUAGGAAGAUCUCAGCGCACGAAUUUGAGCGAGGGGGGCUUUUGAAACCAUUGGUGACAACGGUUGAUGGCACACCAACCUUCCUCGGUGACCAGCCUUUACAUGCGACUCCAUCCAGGCCGCAACGACGGUCGAGGCAUGAACUCAGGCAACUCGACGAGAAAGAGCUCAUAUUUGAAUUAGUCAAAGAUAUCUGCAACGAGCUUGAAGUACGGGUGCUGUGUCACAAGAUCCUACAGAACGUGUCAAUACUCCUCGAUGCUGAUCGGGGUUCAUUAUUCCUGGUACAAGGCGAGAGAGUCGCGUCACCUCAUCCACAAAAUGGCAGGUCGGUUUCUAAAAUAAAGGGAAAUAUAUUAUCUUCCAUUUCAGUGACUAUUAUUACUAAACAAUGGUAGAUCAAUGAACGUCAG